UUUUUGUCUUAUCGUUUUAAACUACACUAAUUUAUUGUGCAUAUACAAUUUCCAUACAGUGCACACAAUUAUAAUGGAUAUGAGCUCUAAUAUUUGAAGUAUAAACAAGGAUAAUCUUUCUUAUUUUACGUGUGUACGUUAUUAGUUGUGCAAACGUAGUGAUCAGUUGAAACAAAAUAUUUGAUAUCUCUAUGAAGAUAAUAGGCACCUUUUGAAGGUGAUUUAAUUGAAGUGGAAUGACUGCAUCUACUAUCAAUAACAUUUAGAUGCUGUUUUCGACCAGCGUUAAGAAAAAGUAGCUGAAAAAAAUAUGAAAUUCGCAGAACAUUUAGCUGCUCAUAUUACACCAGAAUGGAGGAAACAAUACAUAAAUUACGAGGAAAUGAAAGCUAUGCUUUAUAUGGCUGUGGAAGAGGCGCCUUCAGCAGAAAGUGUGGAGCCGGAGAUCCUGCAACGUCACUUCGCCAACUUCGACGAGCAGUUUUUCCAAUACUGCGACAAAGAACUAAAAAAGAUCAACACAUUUUACGCUGAAAAGUUAGCAGAGGCGCACAGAAAGUUCGCGAACUUAUACAGCGAACUCAAAGAUUCGUUGAUGAACAACAUGGGUACACAAAAGAAGCACGCUGUUGGCGAAAAGAAGAUUCCAUCGAGGAAGUUGCAAGAAUUGAAGUUGGCAUUCAGUGAGUUCUAUCUCAGCCUUAUUUUGCUGCAGAAUUACCAGACGUUGAAUUAUACUGGCUUUAGGAAGAUUCUCAAGAAACAUGAUAAGUUGCUGAAUUCAAAUUUUGGAGCAAAAUGGAGGGAAGAGCACGUGGAAACAUCGCACUUUUUCACAAAUAAAGACAUCGAUAAGCUAAUCAAAGACACUGAAGAUGCUGUGACUAAUGAACUGGAAGGUGGUGAUAGGCCUAAAGCGAUGAAAAGACUUAGAGUUCCGCCAUUAGGAGAGCAACAGUCCCCUUGGACUACUUUUAAAGUCGGACUUUUCUCUGGAUCUUUUAUUGUACUACUUAUAGCUGUUGUUUUAUCUGCCAUAUUCCAUGAAGGAUCCACAGAAAAUUUGAAAGUUGCCUUCAGGUUAUACAGAGGCCCUCUACUAUUCAUAGAGUUCCUAUUUCUCAUAGGUGUCAAUGUAUAUGGUUGGAGAUCAUCAGGUAAGCAAUUUUUUGUGACCACACCACGCCCUAAAUGAAAACAAAAAUGUUCACAAACUCGUAUCGUUUUAUAGGUGUUAACCAUGUAUUGAUUUUCGAACUGGACCCCAGAAAUCAUCUUUCUGAGCAACACCUGAUGGAACUUGCAGCAAUAUUUGGUGUAGUAUGGACUUUAAGUAUCUUGAA